AUGGCGGGCCCCGGGGCCGCUCCGCCGGGCUCGGGGGCUCCGUGCGGGCCGUGGGGCGGGGGCGGCCCGUGCUGGCUGUGGGCGCUGGCGCUGGGCCUGGCGCUCGGUCCCCGCCGCUGCCCCGCGGCGCCGCUCAACGCUUCGGCCGCUCCUCCCGAGCGCUGCCGGCGGCCCGCGGCCUGCGAGCGGUUGCGCUUCGGCUCUUGCCUGGGCUCCGCGCUGCCCUACGCGCAAACAUCCACGCUGCUGGCUGCAGACUCGGGAUCGCAGGAGGAGGCGCACGGAAAACUGCUGCUGUGGUCCGGGCUGCGCAAUGCACCGCGCUGCUGGGACGUGAUCCAGCCGCUGCUGUGCGCCGUCUACAUGCCCAAAUGUGAGGAUGGUCAGGUGGAGCUGCCCAGUCAGACCCUGUGCCAGGCCACACGUGCACCCUGCACCAUCGUGGAGCGCGAGCGCGGCUGGCCCGACUUCCUCAAGUGCACUCCUGACCGCUUCCCUGAGGGCUGCCCGAACGAGGUGCAGAACAUCAAGUUCAACAGCUCAGGGCAGUGCGAGGCGCCGCUGGUUGCAGCGGACAACCCCAAGAGCUGGUAUGAGGAUGUGGAGGGCUGCGGAAUCCAGUGCCAGAACCCUCUGUUCACGGAGACGGAGCACCGUGAGAUGCACGUCUACAUCGCCGCCUUCAGCUCCGUCACCAUCUUCUGCACCUUCUUCACCCUGGCCACCUUCGUUGCCGACUGGAGGAACUCCAACCGCUACCUACCUCCCGCCGUCAUCCUCUUCUACGUCAACGCCUGCUUCUUUGUGGGCAGCAUCGGCUGGCUGGCGCAGUUCAUGGACGGUGCCCGAGAUGAGAUCGUGUGCCGUGCCGACGGCACCAUGAGGCUGGGGGAGCCCACCUCCAACGAGACGCUCUCCUGCGUCAUCAUCUUUGUCAUCGUCUACUACUCGCUGAUGUCGGGUGUCAUCUGGUUUGUCAUGCUGACCUACGCCUGGCACACGUCCUUCAAGGCGCUGGGCACCACCUACCAGCCGCUGCUGGGCAAGACCUCCUACUUCCACCUCAUCACCUGGUCCAUCCCUUUUGUGCUCACCGUGGCCAUCCUGGCUGUGGCACAGGUGGAUGGUGACUCUGUCAGCGGUAUCUGCUUUGUGGGUUACAAGAACUAUCGCUACCGCGCUGGCUUCGUCCUGGCACCCAUCGGGCUCAUCCUCAUCGUCGGGGGCUAUUUCCUCAUCCGGGGGGUUAUGACGCUCUUCUCCAUCAAGAGCAACCACCCUGGGCUGCUGAGCGAGAAGGCUGCCAGCAAGAUCAACGAGACCAUGCUGCGUCUGGGCAUCUUCGGGUUCUUGGCCUUUGGCUUCGUCUUCAUCACUUUUGGCUGCCACUUCUACGACUUCUUCAACCAGGCAGAGUGGGAGCGAAGCUUUCGGGAAUAUGUCCUGUGCGAGGCCAACGUGACCAUCGCCACGCAGACCAACAAACCCAUCCCAGAGUGUGAGAUCAAGAACCGUCCAAGCCUGCUGGUGGAGAAGAUCAACCUCUUUGCCAUGUUUGGCACCGGCAUCUCCAUGAGCACCUGGGUCUGGACCAAGGCCACCCUGCUCAUCUGGAAGCGCACUUGGUGCAGGCUGACAGGGCAGAGCGACGACCAGCCCAAGAGGAUCAAGAAGAGCAAGAUGAUUGCCAAAGCCUUCUCCAAGCGUAAGGAGCUGCUGCGUGACCCGGGCCGAGAGCUGUCCUUCAGUAUGCACACCGUCUCGCACGACGGUCCCGUGGCUGGUUUGGCGUUUGACAUCAAUGAGCCAUCAGCUGAUGUGUCCUCUGCGUGGGCUCAGCACGUCACCAAGAUGGUGGCCAGGAGAGGGGCCAUCCUGCCCCAGGACGUCUCUGUUACACCAGUGGCAACACCUGUGCCACCGGAGGAGCGGAGCAACCUCUGGGUGGUGGAGGCCGACGUCUCCCCAGAGCUGCAGAAGCGCAGCCGUAAGAAGAAGCGGAGGAAGAAGAAAAAGGAGGAGGUGUGCCCUGAGCGCCGCGCCGGGCUCUCUGUGGCCCCCCGGGCCCCCAGCUCCGUGCCUCACCUGCCCCGGCUGCCCCAGCAGCCCUGCUUGGUGGCCAUCCCCCGGUGUAGAGGGGACACCUUCAUCCCUGCUGUCCUCCCGGGCCUCCCCAACGGUGCUGGGGGGCUGUGGGAUGGCCGGCGUCGAGCCCACAUCCCCCACCUCAUCACCAAUCCCUUCUGCCCCGAGAGUGGCUCUCCAGAGGAUGAGGAGAGCCCCGGUCCCAGCGUCGGGCACUGGCAGCAAAAUGGGGGCCCUCGAUGGCCCCCUGAGCCCCUUCCUAGUGGCAGUGGGGUGACGAGGACUCGGGGCAGACGCGCCGGCUUGGCUCCCAUCCAUUCCCGGACCAACCUGGUGAACGCGGAGCUGCUGGAUGCCGACUCAGAUUUCUGAGCCCUGCACGAUGCUGGGGACAGCGGAGCCCACCGGCAUCCAGGUAGCCCCAAGGGAACGCUGGAGCCCAACCAACACCAGGGUCAAGCCCAGCGUCGUCCGGAUGGAUUUGAUGCUCAUCCCAACCCACCAGCGGGAUUUGAGGAUGGGAGAAGAGAAACUGGUUGGAGCAGCACCCCUCGAAGGCUCUGCCAGGAUUUAGGGGUGAGGGGGACACUCCCUCACACCCCCAAUGGUGGUAGGCAGGUUAAGGUGUUGAUUUCAAUCCCCACACGUGGACUGCUCUGCCGCCCCACGGCUAGAUGGUACGUAGAGCUUCCCAACACUUUUACGGUGCCAGUAGGGUUUUUAAACAAUUAUUUUUGUAUUCUUUGUAAUACACCGAGACGUGGCGGCCCUGCACGGGGUGCAGCAGCAUCCCCAUUUUUCGGGCUCUGCUGCAGGGAUCCCAAAGUGCCUUCCUUCCAGAUCCCCUUUGCCGUCUUGGGUGCACCAACCCCCUGAGCAAAGCCUUUUUUUUAAACUGUUUUUUUUUAAAGAAAAAGGAACAAAUUGUAUCCGAGCCCUGACGUAGGAGGACACCUGUCCUUGCUGGUGCUUUAUAUCUCCCCCUUAGUCCUGUAAAUGUCUUUUGAGUGUUUAUUAAAUCCCGGUAGGCUCACGGCUUUCUCCCUCCCCCCUCCC